ACAACAGCCGUUAGUAGCUCGAGUAGUACUGGUUGACCGGGGGGGGCAGGAUAUCCACAGCCAAUUCAUUGAUAAAACAACUCUAUUGACGGUUGCAGCGCUCCGCGACAUCCUAACACGGGGGUAACGGACAGGAACCGGUUGCAGUGCGAUAACCCCGCUCCAGCUGUUGGGACAUGGCCAGGCCGGAACAGGUUCUGCUCUUGGAGCCUCAGCACGAACUCAAAUUCAGAGGUCCAUUCUCAGACGUGGUCACCACAAAUCUCAAGCUCUCCAACCCUACAGACAGGAAUGUGUGUUUCAAGGUGAAGACGACGGCGCCGCGCCGGUACUGCGUGCGGCCCAACAGCGGAAUCAUCGAUGCGGGCACCUCAAUCCACGUCUCAGUUAUGCUGCAGCCUUUUGACUACGACCCCAAUGAGAAGAGCAAACACAAGUUCAUGGUCCAGUCUGUGAUAGCACCUCCUGACAUGACCGACAUGGAGGGAGUGUGGAAGGAGGCGAAGCCAGACGAGCUGAUGGACUCCAAGCUAAGGUGUGUUUUUGACAUGCCAGUGGAAAACGAAAAAACGCAUGACACGGAGUCCAACAAGAUGAUGUCGUCUAGCUUGCUGAAGUCAGACUCCUCCACGCUGCCGCCGAAGUCAAUGAGCUCCACCCUUGAUGACGGGGAGGUAAAGAAGAUCAUGGAGGAGUGUAAGAGGCUGCAGAUGGAGGCUCAGAGGCUACGGGAAGAAAACAAACAGAUCAGGGAGGACGAUGGUCUGCGGAUGAGGAAGAGUAACGUGAUGUCAUCUCAACACACCUCUAUGGGCAUGAAGAAAGACGAGGGGUUGAGCGCCCGCACGAUGGCCCUCGUCGUGCUCUUCUUUGUGGUGGGCGUCAUCGUGGGCAAGUUGGUCUUGUAGAUGGCAGCGCAGUUCGGUCGGGCCGCAGCAUGCUUUCAGGGGGAUGAAAACAAGCACGGGAUCUGGGAUUUUGGAUCAGAAAUGCCAUAUCCGCUGGGUGGAGGGGGUGGUACUAGUUUUGAUUCAGUGUCAUUAAUGUAAAGAAAUUUCAAGGGUAAUGUAUGAGAAAAUAGAAAAAAAACAAUGCGUCAUUACAGGUCUUGCCUCUACGUAAUCAUCACAUAAUCAUUCUGGCCCUCUUUCCCAAAGUUUCAUGUAUACAGAUUACUGGUCGGGGGUAGGGGCGUGGGUAACGGAAACACAAUGUAACGCUCAUGAUCCAGACCAAUUUUAUAACACCGGCGAGGUAGUGAUGGUGCAACUGAGUCAGUUUGCAAUUGUGUGAAUGUCAUUUUAGUGUAUUGUUGUUUCUCUUUCUAAAUGACAGAGGCCAGAGCCUAUGUAUAUGUAUACGUAAUGCCCACCACCCCUCCUCACACCCCUUGUACAUGUUUUCCUUCCAGCUAAACAAACCCCCUUUAAGGAAGGAAUUUACCAGAGUGAUGAUCCACACAGUCGGGGUUACACACACAGGGCUACCAAACUGACUGCUGCAAUCAGAGGCUUUGUAAAAUCGGAUUGUCUUUGAUUAUAGAACAACCUUGAUCAGUGUAUGAAACACGAUACCAUCGUUUUCUUUCUUUUCUUGUGUCGUUUUUAUUUUCACUCUACCUUAUCCCCGUCACCUGUCACUCAGUGCUCACCGCAUCCCCAGUUGUCAGGGGGAAAUGUUUGAUUGCAUGCGUUCACACACAGAUUGCUUGAAUCUAAUUUAAUUGCUUUUAUAAUGGUGAUAAUAUUAUGUCAUUUGACUGUAGGUUUGCACAACUACAUUUAUGAGUUUUCUUUUUUCUUUUCUUGCAUUUUUACGAUUUUUGAGUUUUUGUCUUCUCUCUUCUAGGGUUGAAGCAUUUAAGAAUAUUGCAGCUACAAGAAAUGAGCUCCAGAUUUGUAGGAUUAGAUCAUUUCUGUAAAUGUUAUCCAGAUGAAAGGCUUGCCUUGUGAACUAUUUGGGCAAGUUAUUCUCAGGCCAAGAUGGAGGUAUAUGAAUAUAUAUAUAUAUAUAUACACACACACACACACACACACACACACACACACACACACAGUACAUUAUUAUUAUAAUAUAUAUAUAUAUAAAUAAAUAAAAAUAAGGGUGCACCCACACACACAGAAAGCAUGCAUACAUGUCGAGAGAAAAUGGACAGGAGAUUCCCGUAGAGGCCGGUUAUGUGUUUCCCUCACAACAUCAACAGCAACACUAAGGUCCUGUGACGGUGUCCUCACAAAGGGAUCUUGGCCUUUUCCAGCUCUUUUUGUUUCCUCAUAUUUUCCUACUGAGCCACACAUUUGUUGACGUUCUGUUUUGUUUGGGGCAAAUGUAUGUCGGAGAUCCAACGAGUGUUUCAAGCUGCCUGCUCCAGCUCUCCACUGCUGGUGAUUUAUGUUUGGUUUUAUUUCACUCUACUGCAGGCCCGUGUUCAGUUUUUGGUGUUUGUUCAGCAUUUAUCCGUUGCUUAUUAAUGUUAAAUCCUCACUGCAUUUGAAGUCGUGUUCAUUUUAAAUGCACCAAGAUUAAGCGUGUCACUCCUUUUGAUCUUCCUGCAGCGGACAUGGUUCUUCUCAAGCAAGAAGGGGGAGGUGAGGGGGGGUAAAAAAAAAAAAGGAUACAGACUAGUUUAGAUCCUUGAGGGGACCACAUGAUGACAUUGUACUGUUCCAGAGCCGAUGGUUAUUUUCUUGGUCUAAAAUAAACAAAAACAUAACCUCAAAUUGUUUCAUCUCCGAAUUUGCAUGAGGGGUAAAACAGCAGUGGAGAGUAUCAUUCUGCUUUGCAAUAUUUGAAGGAAAGAGAGCAGUUGUUCAUGUUUUUAUCCCACUAUAUACACAUAAGAUAGUCCAUUGUUAAAUUGAAAGAAAACUGUAAUUCAACCCUCAUUUCAUAUUAAGUGGAGGGGAAGAUGAUAGAUAUGACUGGCGGGUGAGAGAUUAAAAUAUACAUGAGCUUGUGUUUCUACUAACUCUCUGUAAAGUUGUUGGGUUGAGGAUGACAUGCUGCUUAGAGGGAGGGCAGAGCUGAGCUACAGUCCCAUCUUGGGUUAUCAGACCUGGGUCAUAUAGUACUCGCAGAAAAUUGUUCUUGUUCAAUGAAUCCUGGUUGGAGUAUCAGAGCAUUUUUACAUGAAAAAUAAAUAUUCCAGAGUAUUAGAAUAUACUGAAUAAUAAUUUACCACAGUCCUAAUGUGGUAUAACAAGCAGGAUUCAACAAACAAUAACAUUUACAUUGGAAUACUAACUGAUCCAGUCCCGGUUGUAAAACACACUACACUGACUAUCACCGUGAUCAAUGUAAGCAGUCGGCAAACUGUUUUGUAUGUAUAUAAAUAAAUAAAUAAAUAAGUCUAUCUGA